GCGCGGGGUUGGAUUUUAUAGCGAAUGACGCCGAUUGACGUGGAUGUGGGCGCUUGACCCCCCCCCUCCGUCGAGGUAGCACUUCCGGGUGAUGCUGACCUCUGCCCCCGUGACCCCUCCCUCUUCCUUUCCGGUGUUGGGUGCCCGAGAAGACGCACAAAGAUGGCACCGCGUAAGGGUAAGGAGAAGAAGGAAGAGCAGGUCAUCAGCUUGGGACCGCAGGUUGCCGAAGGGGAAAACGUUUUUGGCGUCUGCCAUAUCUUCGCUUCCUUCAAUGACACUUUUGUCCAUGUAACUGAUCUCUCUGGCAAGGAAACCAUCUGCCGAGUGACUGGUGGUAUGAAGGUGAAGGCCGACAGAGACGAGUCUUCGCCCUAUGCUGCUAUGUUGGCAGCCCAGGAUGUUGCCCAGCGGUGCAAGGAGCUGGGCAUUACUGCGCUUCACAUCAAGCUGCGAGCCACAGGUGGAAAUAGGACCAAGACUCCUGGACCUGGUGCCCAGUCAGCCCUCAGAGCUCUAGCUCGUUCUGGAAUGAAGAUUGGGCGCAUUGAGGAUGUCACCCCCAUCCCCUCUGACAGCACUCGCAGAAAGGGUGGUCGCCGGGGUCGUCGUCUGUAAACCGUGGCUGGCUUUUGUUUCAUCAUUAAAUCUCUCAACGAAA